AGACAUGUCAUACAUCAUAGCCUUACCUCCUCCGUCCUGACAAAAGGAUCUUGACAGUCUACCUCAACAAAUGUGCCAUCCAUCCUCUCUCUUCUACCUCUUAGCACAUCCCCUACUCCUUCUCUACCUCAGCAUGUACUGUAAAUGCACAUAGCUCUUAUCAACCGCGUCAGAAAGUCCAACUGACCCUUCACGUUAUCACCGGUGCUCUCGGGUGUCAGUCAUCCAGCGAUAGUGGAACAGUUGACUGGGUUCCUUCUGCCUGUACAGCACAUAAUCACUAUCUGACACUGUGCCAGGAGGUGCCGCCUGGAGCAGCCAUGUUGGGCGUGGGUUUGUGAUGUCUGAGCCCUGCGACGGACCAGCACCAGGAGCUUGGAAAGGGCGGAGUGUCAGAAACGCACCUCUGUUCGUGGUUGGCAGCGAAGAUGAUGAGCAGGACAUGGGUCAAGUGGAGACAGGCAUGAGGAACGAGAUGUUUCGAGAGGAAGAAAUGGAGGAUGAUGAAGAUGGAUCGCCAUCGGAGAGACAGAUUGUGGUCGGCAUUUGUGCCAUGAUGAAAAAGUCCAAGUCCAAGCCCAUGACUCAGAUCCUGGAGCGCCUUUGUAAGUUUGACUACAUCGACAUGGUCAUCUUUCCUGAGGAGGUGAUCCUGGAGGAACCUGUGGAGAAAUGGCCCCUCUGCGACUGCCUCAUCUCCUUCCACUCUAAAGGAUUCCCCCUUGACAAAGCUGUGGAGUACGCCAAGCUCAGGAAUCCACUGCUCAUCAAUGACCUCAAUAUGCAGUAUUUCAUACAGGACAGGAGAGAAGUUUACCGGAUCCUAAGAGAAGAGGGCAUUGACCUACCUCGCUACGCUGUGUUAAACCGAGAUCCCGACAAUCCUGAGGAGUGUAACCUUGUGGAGGCUGAGGACCAUGUGGAAGUGAAUGGGGAGGUGUUCCCGAAACCCUUUGUGGAGAAACCUGUGUGUGCUGAAGACCACAAUGUCUACAUCUAUUACCCAACAUCUGCUGGAGGAGGCAGCCAGAGACUCUUCAGAAAGAUUGGGAGUCGGAGUAGUGUAUAUUCACCAGAGAGCUGCGUACGAAAGACUGGAUCCUACAUCUACGAGGAGUUCAUGCCCACAGAUGGCACAGACGUGAAGGUUUACACAGUGGGUCCAGACUACGCCCACGCCGAGGCACGAAAGUCUCCUGCUCUGGACGGAAAGGUAGAGAGGGACAGCGAGGGGAAGGAGAUCCGCUACCCCGUCAUGCUUACUGCCAUGGAGAAACUGGUGGCUCGCAAGGUCUGCCUGGCUUUCAAGCAAACAGUUUGUGGAUUUGAUCUGCUCAGAGCCAAUGGCCACUCCUUCGUCUGUGACGUUAACGGUUUCAGCUUCGUCAAAAAUUCCAUGAAGUACUACGACGACUGUGCCAAAGUCCUGGGGAACAUGGUAAUGAGGGAGUUAGCCCCCCAGUUCCACAUCCCCUGGUCCAUUCCAAUGGAGGCUGAAGACAUCCCCAUCGUCCCAACCACCUCAGGAACCAUGAUGGAGCUGCGCUGUGUUAUUGCCAUUAUCCGUCAUGGAGAUCGCACACCAAAGCAGAAGAUGAAAAUGGAGGUUCGACAUCCUCUGUUCUUCGACUUGUUUGAGAAGCAUGGAGGCUAUAAAUCAGGAAAGCUCAAGCUAAAAAAGCCAAAACAACUACAAGAAGUGCUGGACAUUGCCCGCCUGCUGCUGGCUGAACUGGGCCAGCAUAACGACUGUGAGAUCGAGGAGAAGAAAUCUAAACUGGAACAGCUCAAGACCGUCCUGGAGAUGUACGGUCAUUUCUCAGGUAUCAACAGGAAAGUCCAGCUCACCUACCUGCGUAACGGCCAACCUAAAGCCUCCAGCGAAGAAGAAGACUCUAAGAGGGACGGUCCUUCUCUGCUGCUGGUGUUGAAGUGGGGCGGGGAGCUUACGCCUGCAGGCCGGGUUCAGGCUGAGGAGCUGGGCAGGGCCUUUCGCUGCAUGUAUCCUGGAGGUCAAGGUGACUAUGCUGGGUUUCCUGGGUGUGGCCUCCUGCGCCUGCACAGCACUUACCGCCACGACUUGAAGAUCUACGCCUCUGACGAAGGCAGAGUGCAGAUGACAGCUGCUGCGUUUGCCAAGGGUCUGCUGGCCCUGGAAGGAGAGUUGACACCGAUCCUGGUCCAGAUGGUGAAGAGUGCCAACAUGAAUGGACUGCUGGACAGUGACAGCGACUCUCUGACUGACUGCCAGCAGAAGGUGAAGGCCAGGCUUCAUGAAAGCAUGCAGAAGGAUCAGGACUUUGCAGCUGAAGCUUAUGAGAAGUUGGCCCCAACAGGUAGUCCUUCCCUGGUGAAUUCCAUGAAGAUCAUUCAGAAUCCAGUCAACACUUGUGAUAAGGUCUACACCCUCAUCCAGAGUCUCACCAAACAGAUCAGGAAGAGACUGGAGGACCCCAAGUCUGCAGACCUGCAGCUUUACCACAGCGAGACAUUAGAGCUGAUGCUUCAGCGCUGGUCCAAAUUAGAGAGAGAUUUCCGCACCAAGAAUGGGCGCUACGACAUCAGCAAGAUCCCUGACAUCUACGACUGCAUCAAAUACGACUCACAGCACAAUGCCUCGCUAGGACUGGAGGACACGCUGGAGCUGUUCAGACUGUCCCGCGCCCUGGCUGACAUAGUUAUACCACAGGAAUAUGGCAUCAGCAAAGCUGAGAAGCUGGACAUUGCUCAGGCUUACUGUGUUCCUCUGAUGAAGAAAAUCCAGCUCGACAUGCAGAGGACCCAUGAGGAUGAGGCUGUUAACAAGCUGCACCCCCUGUAUUCUCGGGGUGUAAUGUCUCCUGGUCGUCACGUCCGCACGCGUCUCUACUUCACCAGCGAAAGCCACGUCCACUCCCUGCUCAGUGUCUUCCGCUAUGGAGGCCUGCUGAAUGAGGAGAAGGACCAGCAGUGGAAACAGGCAAUGGAUUAUCUGAGUGCUGUGACCGAGCUUAACUACAUGACACAGAUAGUCAUCAUGCUGUAUGAAGACAACAAUAAGGACCCCUCCUCAGAAGAGCGUUUCCAUGUCGAGCUUCAUUUCAGCCCAGGAGUCAAAGGAUGUGACGAUGAGGAGAAUGUACCUCUCGGCUUCGGCUUCCGCCCAGCCUCCUCUGAGAACCAAGACAAACAGCCGAAUCAGGGCAGUCUAGAGGACCUCUCCCAGGACCAGCCAGACCAGGCAGUUCUUAUUUCUGAGCCGAUCAACAUCCAGCGAAGGUCUCCCAUGAUCCGCAACCGCAAGACGGGCUCCAUGGAGGUCCUCUCUGAGACCCCUCCUGACGCGUCCUCCAAGGGCUGCACCUUCCACCGACUCUUGCCCUCCUGUUCACACCAGUCUCCUGAGAUCAAACCAACCAUUGGCCUAGGCUCACUCUGCUCUGGGCUCUUCAGUGCCUCUGCCCUCGGGGUGUCCAGUAGCGCCCCCAACCUGCGGGACUACGUCCGCACGCACCACCAUCUCCACCGAAAGCCACCUCUGUCCCCCGGCAGCCUGCCAUGCCAGAUUGGAAUGUUUGAGCUGUUCUCUAUGCCGGCAGUAAAGAGAUUUUCUGUGUCGUUUGCCAGGCAUCCGACUAAUGGUUUUGAAGGCUGCUCUAUGGUGCCCUCUAUCUACCCGCUGGAGACGCUGCACAACUCGCUGUCACUGAAGCAGGUGGACGAGUUUCUCAACACGGUGUGUGAGAGCAGCAGCGAGGCCCACGCCAAAACCAUGAAAGCGCUCUCCAGCCUGUUUGACUCUCAGAGCCAGACGUCUCUCUACAGCCCACAGCAGCCUCUGUCCUCCUCUGGAUCGGAGACUUCUCUGCGGCCGCCAAGUCAGCCUCUGUGGCAUGGCAGCAUCCCCUCUAGUACUGUGUCCAGCGCGGGCCCCUCCUCGCCGGUCACAGAGAGCUCUGGCCUGAACUUCAGCUUCAGUGAGUAGACUGACGCGAGGACUCCUGGUUACCUGAGAGGGGACGACAUGAGGCCCUUGGUCUGUUCGUCUCAGUGCUUUUCUACAUCUUUCUUGUUGUCCCUCUGCUCACGAGCCCAAAGAAACACUGGAGGCAAAUGAUUCUGGACUAAGUCCUUCCUGCCUUAGGUAUUACAAACUGUUAAUAUAACCACUCACAAGCAACACAGACUCUUCCUUCCCUGCUCCACACUGGAAGAAAACUCUGCACCCUCACCAGUUCUAAACCUCGAACCUACAUCUUUGUCUUCAGUUUCGCUGCAAUUUCAUAAAGCCGCUGCAAAUCCUUCAACAGUACAUUGAGCCAAAACUCCGACCAGUUGUGCCUGUGAUAUCCUUUUGAUACUGCCAACAUCAAAACCCAAUGCUUCAACCACCAGCUGCCUCAUGAAACUACCUGCACCUACAGCUGUAAUGCAUGAGCCCGCCCGUCAGCUGUCAUAUAGUCACAUUUGAGAAUACAAAAGGUAAACAUGUCUCUGCUGCAUUACAGCUGUACAAAAGCCAGUCAUUGUCCAGCCUUAGAGAAAUCUGUUUGUUGAGCAUGAAGGGGGGGGGGAGAGAAUCAAAGCUUUGAAAAAAUACUUUAAACUUGUGGAAAUGAGAGUUAGAUAAGUGUGUUAAUAUCACUCUGAUCUGUUAGUUGAAUAUGAUGAAAAAAUCAGUUGGCUUCGCACUGUACAAGGUCUCUUUCCAAAAAUAAUGAAACAUUUCCUCCAAUCGACACGUUUUAUCUGUUUGUGAUUUGUAUAAAAUUGAAAGUGUAAAGAGCAACAGUUUGUGGUUUUAUUUGCAGAAGCUUUAACACUGCAGUUUAUGUCUGAAUUAAAUACAUUUUAUAUAAUGUGUUAUAUCCCAUUUGCUAAAUGAAUCCUCACAUUCCGUGCACAGACAUGAGUGUGAUACUGAUCUUCUCAUCUAACUCUUGGUAAGAAAGCAAAGAUGUGCUCAUCUGUGUCAAAUUAAUCCUUUAAGAACUCCGCCUGCCAUUUUCUUUUUUUUGAUCAUAUGCUGUUAAAUGGAAACGCAAUGAAUGUGUCAAUGUGCCUUUAAAUAACUUGUGAGAGAAAUAUUGAAGUGUUUCACACACUGUUGGUUUCCUGCUGUAUUGUAUUAUCUUUAUUUGAGGGGUUGUCACAACUGAGGUUUGAUUUCAAGAAAAUCUUUGGUUUAGAUUUAUUUUAGACUCAAAGGUAAACCUCAUUUGAUUGAGUUGUAUAAAUGUACUUCUAUAUGACGACUACGUGAAUACUGCAGUUUUCAGACUGUGAUAUCACAUCAAAUUACUUGUGUAUUUUUUAGUGUUGAAUUUAUCAAGUGACAGUUUGUGAAGACAAGUGAUGCUCAGGUAGACUUGACAGGAAUCUGAAAGUGGAACUUUUUUAUCAUUAACAUGAAUGAAUUAGGUGUCAAUUCACCCUCAGUUGGUUAAAGUCAAAUCUCAAAAUAAAUACAGAUACUUUUAUAACUUUGACCAAAACAAAGCUGCAUGAUAAAGCAGUGACUUGCAGUUUUUUUUAGGAGUGCGGUGAUAAAGAGAACUGCAUUCAGGCAAUGCUGUCAGCAACACCAAAGUUCAAAUUAAAGAAAUAAAAUAGCUCCCUAUCAAUUUUAACCUAGUUUAACUGAAAAUGAUCUGAGCCCAAACGCCUGCUGUAGAACAAACAUAUGUAUAUUUUAGUCAGAAAUAGUUUGAUUUUAAUAUUCAGAUUCAUUAUUUUUCCUUCCAGUCUUUUUUGUUGAUGUUGGUAAAUGUACGUAUGUGUAUUUAUGUUAUUAUUUAAUGUUCAAUUUAAUGACAGCCACAGAGGGGUGUGUAUGUUUUGUGACGCGUAUGGCUGCUGGAGAACAAAUCGGUUUAACGUUCAAAUUCUGUAACAUUUCUUUCCGAUGGCCGUUUAGUUCGAGACGUGAUGCUGGAAAAGAAGAAGGGGAGGAGGGGUUAAUAAAAAAGUAAAACAGUGAAAA